CUUGAAUUUACCAGCCGCACACACUCAUCAUGGCGGCGACCGUAGGUAGUGGAAAUGCCCCUGUGUCGGACACUCAAGCCUCAACCUCGGCUGAUCGGAGCUAUGAAGGUUCAACAUUUCAGUACAGCAUGGUCCUGGAGCAUCUCAUCGGGGAGAAGAGGCCAAUUAAGGAUCUGAAUCCGACCGUUAUGGGGGGUCUUCCCAAUCCCAUGAAAACCGACGACCAGAAGAUGAUCGAACAGGGAAUGGAGAGCUGUGCUUUCAAAGCGGUGUUGGCCUGUGUUGGAGGGUUUGUUCUUGGGGGAGCGUUUGGUGUGUUCACGGCUGGUAUAGACACCAACGUGGGAUUUGACCCCAAAGACCCCAUGAGAACACCCACGGCCAGAGAGGUUCUCAAAGACAUGGGCCAGAGGGGAAUGUCCUACGCCAAAAACUUUGCUGUCAUUGGGGCAAUGUUCUCCUGCACAGAGUGCAUCAUUGAAUCGCACAGGGGGAAGUCAGACUGGAAGAACGCUGUCUACAGUGGUUGUGUUACUGGGGGAGCAAUAGGAUUUCGAGAUUGUCUCCCUUCUAUCUUAUAGCUGGGGCGAAGGCUGGCGUGCUGGGAUGUGGUGGUUUCGCUGCCUUCUCUGCUGCCAUUGAGUACUAUCUUCGGUGAAAACCAGGUCACCUUCUAUACCUUUGAACUAUUGAGGGAUCACUGUCCCUCUGGACCAGAAAUACUUUAUACCUUGUGGAGAGAGAAAAACAUCCCUGCUCUGCAGGUGGAGCAUCUUAUCAUGAGGAUUAUCUACACUUGUACAAUUCUACGUUUGACUGUAUCCUGUGCACUGUAUUUACAAUGUCAUACAGGGUUGUCCAGGCUUGUGGCCCACUUAUGCUGGCUUUGCCUAUCUAAAAAGUUAAGUCAUUGAGAUGAACCUCUAAUCAGUUGUAGUCGAGAGCUGGCUAUUCUCUCGUUUAGUUUUUGUGGGUGAAAUCAAGUCAAUGGCCGCAUUUGCGUGGUAAGGACAAAAGUCGAAGGUGUAUGGGCGACAGCAGCGCUCAGAUCAACAUGGCAGUGUUGCCAUUGUUUAAAAGGUUUUCAUUAUAAUGUAGAAAUAAACAUGUCUCCAACACCCAUAACUAA